AGAAAAAAAAAUGCAACCUCCCAAAAAUAAAGAGCAAAGAUUGCACUGAGCAGCGAGCAGCAAUGCAGAAAUAGAUGGCAGUUUCGUGUCAGUGAGUUUGCAUUCCCCCUUCCUGGUCCAAGAAGUGGAGUGAUUAGAGCCCUGGAAGGGAAUUGCAUUUACUACAAGUGGAAGAGUCCCCCCUCUUUUGCUGGCUGCUGUUUGCACUGUACAUAUUGGGUGCAUCUAGCCAGUCUCACUGGGUUGUUUUUUUUCCCUCCCCUCUCUUUCCUGAAUUGAUUUUUUUGGGGGUACAGUGUGACAGAAACAAAACAAAACAAAAAAGGGACAUUGGAUCUAUUGUUGUUUUUUAUGCUCAAAAACAAAACCCCACCACAAACAAACACAAAACAAAACAAAAGGGUUUUGUUCAGCAGCAGCAUGGAUGUGUUGGCUAGUUAUAGUAUAUUCCAGGAACUACAGCUUGUCCACGACACCGGCUACUUCUCGGCUUUGCCAUCCUUGGAGGAAAACUGGCAGCAGACAUGCCUUGAGUUGGAACGUUAUCUUCAGACAGAGCCAAGGAAGAUCUCAGAGAACUUUGGUGAGGAUUUGGACUGUUUCCUUCACACCUCCUCUCCUCCAGGCUCAGAGGACAGUAUCCGACGGCUGGACCCCAUCCUGUUGCCAGUAGAGACGAGUACAUGCGACAAAAGCACCAACAUGGACCUUAUCCUCUCACGGGACAAGCUGCUGUCUGAGACCUGCCUCAGCUUGCAGCCCACCGGCUCUUCCAUAGAGGGUUACGCCGCUGUCAACCAGGCCCAACUCAACGCAGUGACCUCAUUAACGCCCCCUUCCUCUCCUGAGCUCAGCCGCCAUCUGGUAAAAACCCCACAAACUCUCGCCGCAGUGGACGGCACGGUGACGUUGAAAUUGGUGGCCAAGAAGGCGUCGCUCACCUCAGUCAAGGUGGGAGUGGCGGCGGUGGCAGCAGGAGGCACGAUAAGGAGCGGGCAGAAUGACAGCGAGCAAGGAGGGGCAGGGGCCGAGGCAUCCCCGGAAAACAAGAAGAGGGUUCAUCGCUGUCAGUUUAAUGGGUGCCGGAAGGUUUAUACAAAGAGCUCCCACUUAAAGGCUCAUCAGAGGACUCACACAGGUGAGAAGCCUUACAAGUGCUCGUGGGAAGGGUGCGAGUGGCGUUUUGCACGAAGCGACGAGCUCACAAGGCACUACAGGAAACACACAGGGGCAAAACCCUUUAAAUGCAACCAUUGUGACAGGUGUUUUUCCAGGUCUGACCAUCUUGCCCUCCACAUGAAGAGACACAUCUAAGUACCUAAAAUCAGUCAGCAUGGCAUAGAUGUCAGCUGAGCUAAAAGACAUGGCAUGAAGGGUGGAACUCGGUUAUAACCCGCUGCCUUGCAGAAGAAGAGAACUUGAUCACAUGUAAACCUCUGUACACAGACCACACACUCACACUGUCAUGCACCCAACUAUACUUAAAUACAUACAUCUGUUCUUUAUGCCUUGCCCCAGCUGGAUGGAAGAAGGUGCAGGAGAGGAGAUGGGGUAGAGGUGAAGUCAGUAAGAUAGAACAAUUGCUUACAGUACUUCAUCACCCUUGGAUUUGUUUCCAGCUAUUGCCAGUAGAAAUCAAAGUAAAUGGAAGAGGCUUCUCUGCAGAUGGACAGCAAGUAGGAGGGGCUUAUUUAACUCGCUUCUCAAUGCAACUCCAUAGGAGAAUAUGUCGUCUUCAAGUUGCAUAUUUGUAGCACUAACUUUUCUUUUUAAAUAGAUGGGGGGGAAUAAUGACCUAGAAAACCAAAUCCCAGUUUGGUAGCCAAAAUUAACCUCUUGGUUCCUUUAUUCUUUGUCUGAGAAUUCCUAAUGCUCGACACAUCAAACUUCUCACAGACACUUUGAUCUGUCUUGGUUUUGGUUCUUCCUAGAACUGAGCUAUUAAGAUCCUUUUAAGUCAAUACCAAUGGCCUUAAUGGCAGUUGACUGUGGAGUGACACCUGUGACAUAUACAUCAUCUGUUUGGCCUGAGUUUAUGUAGACUUCAUGGAGGAUGAUAUUUUUGUUUGGGUAUUUUUGUGUUAACUUUUUUUUAAGCUAUUGCAUGCCCUAUGCACUGGUAGGGAUUAUGGAAGCUGCUGGCAUGACUGGAAAGCAGCCAAAGAAAGAAUCCCUGAAACACCACGUUAUAUCUCCAUAGGCAUCACCUUAUUGCCAUAGCUAGGACUUCUUGUUUUGUCUAAUGAAAACUUGAAAAGCUCAUGUGGAAGCUUAGACAUUUUAUCUUUUCUCCAUGAACAAGUGAUCUUCAGAACUUCUUUUCUUCACCUGCUUAUCUGUCUUGGACUGGCCAAUCAGGCAUGACUACAGAUUUCCUUCAGCACCAUGUGAGCAUGUUGGCUACAAUCCACAGUGAUUGACAAAUUGUGUUGCGUGUUCUUGUUAUUCUAUUGACCAGUUUAAAACAUUGACUUUUAUUUGUUGAAAGAGCACCUGCAAACAUUUAUUUUCUAAGCCUAACUUUUGGUUAAGCAUCUUACAAAAAAUAAAAAGCCAAAAAUACUACUCCGGUCCCAGAGUGGGAAAGUGAGACCCUCUUCCAAAUAAAGUGGCUUCAUUCAGCAUUAAUCUUCUAAAGUAAAGAUCACAGUCCUCCUUUCCCAUUCAUCAAGGUGAUGGUAUAGCCCACUGAUAUAAAAAAAGUGUAAGAAUAUUUAAAGGGUGAAUGAAGGGUUGGCUUUUGUGCACAGCACUGAGGAUUUUCCAAGUGAUCGGUCUAAAGUAUUGGUAGCAUGGGUCCUAUUCGACCUUCAGUCUGUACCAUCCAGGAUCAAUGGAAGCCUCAUGCUCACCCUUGAAUCCUGUAGAUAAUUUGACCAUCUUGGCUCAAAGUGGACUAAAUUUCUUGUUUAAAAAAAAUAAUAUAUAUAGUAUAUAAAUACAACUUGCAUUUAUAGCAAGUUGGCACUGGCCCUAACUCCAAAGACUGCCUUUAGGACCAUAUAAAAUGGCCUAUGCAAGCAGGUGGGGUGGUCAUUAGGACAGGUUGUAUAUUUUGUAUAUUCUGGGACCCUCCCUACAAGACAUGUCUAGAAAUGAAACAAAAUGGCAUGUGGUUCACAAAUGGUUGCUGCUCUUUUAUACUGUACUAGCCAACUGCCCUCCUUUGACUGUUUUGACUCAUUGACUGUUAAAUAUUUCCCUUUUGGGAUACAAAACUGAACUUUUAAAAAAAAUCCAUAGCUGUAAAACGUAAGAGCAAUCACUGGAAUCAUUGGUACUUGCGUUCUCAGCGUUUGCGCAACCUUUAUUCCAGUCAGAGAUUGAAUCUACCUGAAAGAUGUUUAUUUUGCUCACAGUUUUUACAAACACUGACUGUCAGUUGGACACUUUGGUGGGGAAUAUGAUACGGCCCAUACGGCAUGAGAUAUGGACCAAAAUCUAACCAUCUUUUUGGGGGGCAAUGAUGUAACAGUGAAAAAAGUAAGAGAAAAUUGAGUUUUAAUCCAAAGAUUUAAAACUAACUGUACUAUUAAAAAAAAAAAAUUACUGGAGCACUGCUUGCUGACAAUCUCGUAGUUCUCAACUUCUGUAUUUGCAUACUUCUUAUGGCCAUUCCAUCCAGGAGUUCAAUUGGGUUCUGAGGGCCCUACAACCCAACUUGUGUUUGAAUAUGUGGAGCAUCUUACCAGGAUGUCUCAUGGGAGCUUGAGGAUACUUGAACCUCAGUUGCGUGAAACUAUAGAGCAUCCAUUCAGUGAAUUAGAUAAAAAUAUAGAAAACUCUAGAAGAAGUUCAUUCCCAUAAUAUCCUACAGUACAUGUGCACAUACCCACCACUACAUUAGUCAUUGGCUAUGAACCUGUAUAAAUAUUCUCUUCAGAACUCUAGGUACUCCUGCCUCUAGAAAUGUUACUAAUAGUCCAGAAGACUUAAUAUUAAAGGCAAUUAAAGUACAAGGCUCUAUUUUAAAAAUGAAAAAAAAAUUGGAGAGAAAAUAUUUGCUUCCUCUUGUCACUUGAGGUCUUGUUGACAUCUCAUUUAAAAUAUAGCAGAACAAGGGCCUUUUGAUAAAUAUCAAAAAUUUCUGAAAUAUUUGGAAACUCUUGUCUCUACAGAUAGGUCUAGAGGUGUUCUACAGACCUCUAUUAGUUUCCUCCAUAUUAAAUUCUAUAGGACUUUUCUAUUAGGAGAGAAGUCUUCGAAAAGAAAAAAGUUAUGGAAGUCCCAGUAUGACUCUGUCAGCAGACAUUACUGUACCAUGCAGCCUAUCCCUAUGUCUUGGGUCCUUACCCGACACAUUGGAGUUAAAUUCCAUUAGAUCUAAAGUAAUUUACAUCACUGUGCAUACGCACAUUAGAAUACUAUCUUUCUUCUCAUUGGCAGCAGGCUUCCCCGGAAUCUGAUUUUUUUUUUUUUAAAGGCAAGCACCAUUUUGCUUGAUACCCUGAAACCAUUGACCAAAUAUGGGAGAAGAGGGUGAAUUGGAAUGUAAAAGUGGGAUCCGCUCGUUGCUUUCAGGACUCUGUGUUUAGUUUAAAUAAAAGCAACAACUAACCUUUGAUGUCCUGCCUAAAACUGAGACAAUGGAUGAAUAUGGUGGCUAGUGUGACUGAAUGUACCUUCUCUGUGACUUGAUCACUAUUUGCGAACUCAGAAGCGCUCUCUCUCUCUCUCUCUCUCAUUGUUCCCCAUUUUUGGGCAUUUUCGUUUCUUUAGCAGUUUUCAAUACAAAGAUUGCCCCCCUAUUUAAGCUGUUGGUAUCUUUGCUUCUCUAUGUACUGAAGAGAUCAUAACUGAUGCUUGCAAUAUAAGAAACAAAUCAAGCUUGUUUAAUUGUUUCCUUUUUUUCCUCCACCUUACAUGUGUCAACGUAUAAAAAAAUAUGAGGGGAAAAAGUUUGUAAAUAAUUUCACUUUCACAAGGCCAACCGCCAGUGGCUCCAGGGUUUUUAAAUCACGCUUUUAUUCAUGCCUCAACACAUCUGGGCAUCCCAUGCAGUAGGAUUUUGUAUGUUUAAGCUUUCAUAUUUGUGGGCAAAACCUCUAACCCAACACUCCCUUAAAAUACAUUUUGUUGGUUUCUGGUAGAUCAUAUAUUUUAAAAAGAAUGUGAAAAUAACUCUAUUCAGUAUUGACUUGAAAAACAAAAACAUGAAAAUCCUCUUCUUCAUAAGAUUUUACACCCCUUGAUCGAAGAGUCUUGCCUUCUCUUACUAGCAUUAUUUCUAGUCCCUUGGAAUGAUGAUUUCACAAUGAAGCUAAUGUGGUUAAUCUUCCAAGUGUUGCAUUAAUAAUAACCUGGACAAAUUCUGCAAUCUUACUCAGCCACAACAUCUCAGUGGCAAGUUUUGCCCAGGUAAGAACUGCAGCAGUUGGCCCCCACACACUAAGGUCUCUCUUAUGUAGUGAAACUUUUCUCCCUUCUUUGAGAAAGAGGUCAGUUAUAUUCAAAAAUGUGGUGACCGGCUGCCUUCUGUACCACCUCAAAAGUGGACUUACCUAACCGAAAAGAUUCAGAAGCAGGUGUUUUCAAACAGGGUUUUGGGUUUUUUCCCCCCUUAAAGCUUAUUAGUAGCAUUUUUAUGUAAAAAUUAAAGUUGGACUGUUCAUAAUUUUCAAAAUGAAAGCAUUUACUUUUAAGUGUUUUGAUUCCAACUUCUGAAUACUGCCAGAAAACAGGUUCUACCCCCUCCCUCUGGGUGUGUAUGUACAGCACAUACUUACAUGGAAGGAGAAAUUGAGCUACUGACAUUUUCAGUGUGGUAGCCAACUGUGCCUAUUACCUUUGGUUUGGGGAGGGUGCUUACUGUUGCCAGUGCAUUUUAGAAAUACCGUGGGCUUACAUAGGAAGUUUUCAACCGUAUUUGUUGCUAUGUAUUGUGAACUAGGCGGCUGCAAACUAGGGGGCGGGGGAAAGGAGGGCUCAGACUAUAUACCCUGAGAGUGAAACAAUGGAGAGAGAUGGCAUUUUUAGCCUUUAUCUUUGGACUGUAGAGAAAAAUAAAAACCAACACAGUCCCAGAAAGGCCUGUUGGCUGCGGGGGCUGAUCCUUAGCUUAUAUUUUAACCCCUCUCUCCUGUAGUUUAGAACACGAGCCCUACAGGCCCUGAGAGUAGCUUGAAACACUGGUUUAAACACUACUUUGUUAUUGGGGCCUUGUCUCUACCGGACAAGUUGCACCAGUUUUAUUAAAUCAAGCUUGUUAAACUAAUACAAAAAGCCACUACAUAGGUGCACUUAACCUUUGCUCAAGUCUGUUUAGUUUGCAUUGGUAACUUUUAAUUAAUCUUAACUGAUGUAAGAAACAGCUAAGCUAUUUUAGGUGCCUUUCUAUUGGAGGCUGGCACUGGUUUAACUAGAUUGAUUUUUAAAAUCAAUCCAGAUGAAAUGCUGUAACUUUUCUCACAUAAAACAAGGCCUUAGUAUUUCCGCUCAUUUAAACAGGAAGUAAAAAAUAAGGCCAAGAUAUUUUUCUUUUAUAGCAAAGUUUACUUUCUGCCCCUCCCCACGCCCCUUCCUUGUUUAAGCUCUUUCUUGCUUUCUACCAUAUCAGUCUUUCCUUUAACAAAAACAAAAAUAAAUAUGAGUGCUCCCCAUUUGAAACAAAAACAACCCUCCCCCCCCCACACACACAAACAACAUAGCUUGAAGGAUGUUCAUUUUGCACUAUAAUUUUUCUUUUGCCAGAUGUGUCUAACAAGUGCAUUUGGAGAUGCCCUCGGUCACAUUCUCUCAGGCCUACUCUGGUAUUUCUAAUAUAUCACAGAAGUACCCAAAUCUUGUAGCCCUCAGUUCUGCCUUUUUUUGACAUUUUAUUUUUUUUAAGCUUUUUAUAAAUAUAUAUAUAUAUAAAUAUAAAUAUAUUACUUUGUCAGUUUUUUUGCUGUACAAAAAGUCUUAAGAUUUAAAAAAUAUUAUUUGUAUUAUAUGAUGGUGGUAUGUUAAUGUUACAAAAUUAUUAAUGAAGAAAAAAUUUAUUUUUGUUACUGGUCUGUUUCAUAAUUCUUUUUUAAAUUGGUAUAUUGUAAGAUAUCUAUGCAAAAAUGUUAUGUGAUGCAUUUUUAUUUAAGAAUGUAAUAUGUGUAAUAAACAGUAGAA